AUGGAGGAUGUUCAGAACUCGAUAUUUCAGUGGUUGGCGAGAGUCCCCGAAGAUUGUCUGGUGCAACCUGGCGGCGGUAUGCUUCCCUGUAUCGCCAAGUAUUUCUGCGUCAUCCAAGAAUCUGACACAGAACCGGGUGAAGAAAGAUCGGAUGCCGCUCCAACGGCGCACGUUGGAGGGUGUCACAUUGCCCUGGAGGCCACUGAUGUCGUCCCUACCCUUCACUUGUCAGGUCUCAACAAGCGGACUCGAGAUCGAGAUCGAGAUCAAGACUCUCAACGGCGGAUUUCCCAGCAAGAUGCAAGCCAUGUAUAUCAGCGACGACCUCGGCGCAAGACUCGAGAGAACAGAUACGAGUACAGGCGGCCUAGCUCUCCCAGACAACGACCUUCACGGCCACACAAGAACCCAAACAAAAGAACGAAGGGCAGAAAGCAUGCUUUAGACGCCGCGUUCCAUGCACCGAAUGUUGCUCGUGAAAGGCUCACCCUCCGCAACACCAGGAAUACGGGUAUUUUCAGGAAGGGGAGGGCGUCAUCCCCAAUGAAAUUCCGCGAGGUUCCCGACCUUGCAUUCUCCGAAAAUCAGUUCUUGUCACGAAACAGUCGAGGCUCACCAGGAUUCGGUACAAUCUGUGAUGGGCCACGCAUGCAGCGACAGCGAGGGGAAGAACGUCCGCACCGGAAAGUAUCGCAUUAUAUCUUCCGUGAACCGGAAAAGCUGAUGGACACUACGCCACCCAUGUUGAGGCAUGGGGAGCUCCCAGCAUACACGAGCCAAGAAGACCAGAGAGAUCCUUCUGGGAUGCAAGAUAUUGUUCUAUCUCUCCAUACCGAAGGUAUCGCCGCAAAGCGCAGCUUAGAUAACGUUUCAAGCAUGGCUCCCGAUGUGCAGAGUCAGAUGCGACAACCUGUUCAGGGAACUCGGUCUGCCCGCAAAUUGCCCGGGUCGCAGCUGAGUCAGGAGAUGGAGGCUCAUCUACUGAACAUCUUACAUGUCGGCCUGUCUCCGCGAAGACCUGUCACUUAUAAUGUGCCCGAUGCCUCGGAAGGAGGGCGUUGCAACCUCCAGGAUUUGAAGGGCCUUCUGGAGAGCCGAAAGGCCUAUUGGCUACCGGAAGCGAGUCAGACCCUCCAUUCCUUCGAUCGAGUGCGAACCCGCGAUGAGAAUCGCGAGAGUACCCCGAUGGCCUCAGGAAUUAUUCGAAGUCCUACACACGCCAAAACAUCGCGGUGGACGAGCUCAGAAGCUGCGCCAAAGACCAAGAGCAGGGCGAAUCUCUGUCGCUUAUGUUCGGGUGAGGUGUUUCGUGGCCCUCGAAGCCACCAGUUUCACAACCAUAAGGUUGAAGUCACCACUGACCUCCCGCCAUUUCAGCGGCUCCCUCUAUCUCGUGUCGACCUGAAAGCAUCGGAGCUUGAUGUCGAGGAAGACGAUAUCUUUUUGGAGACACUGGAUGCAGCAUAUGGCGCCAUCUUCAACACUCAGAGCGAGAACCUACAACCCUUUGAACAGAAAGCAGAAGAGCAUGAGGCCUCGCAGCUGGCACUGGCACAUGUGAAUCAAAACCACGGGAAUAAUCCUCCUCCUUUCUCUCCUCCUGGAGUUUCAUCGUUCUGUGGCUCGGUUGACACGCUGCUUUGUGACCAGAUUGGUGUCGAAAAUCCAUACUCUUCAUUCGCCCAUCUCUCUCAUCACCUACAAGAGGGGCAUGCAACAUUACCAGAUAGGCCGUUCACAAAUACGAAGCUACCUGCAUUUUCCCCGGCUGAAAGGGCCAUAGAACAAGGUACUAAUUUGACAUCCACGACUCAUUUCAUGGGUCCCUUUCUUCCCCCAACAACCGCCCAUGGCUCGGGUCGCGGGUCAAUUCCCCAAGGGUUCUGGAGACCAAACAGGCUCUAUUGA